AUGAUGAACCAUCUUGUUUCUUACACUGAUUCAGCUCCAAAGGAACUUCAGCAGCAAACGAAGGGAUCCUUUAAAGGAGAUGAUGGGAAGAAACUCAUUUCAGCAAGGAAGGCACAGGCAGUAAUUGUUGCAAGGAGACCAGAUUCUGGUGGUAAAGAAGGCUCUGUGAUUUCGCUUCUUGCCAACCAUUUUUUGGUAGAAUUUGAUCCAUCACAAAAGAUUUAUCAUUACAAUGUUGAAAUCACUCCACAUCCCUCUAAGGAUAUUGCCAGAGAAAUCAAGCAGAAGUUGGUAAAUAACAAUUCUGCUGUCCUCUCAGGUGCCACUCCGGCAUAUGAUGGGAGAAAGAAUCUUUACAGUCCAGUUGAGUUCCAAAACGAUAAGCUAGAGUUCUACAUAAGUCUCCCAAUCCCCACUAGCAAGUUGGCAUCAUCUUAUGGAGAAAUGUCUGACUUGAAAGAGAAGAAUGAGCAGCAUAAACUUUUCAGGAUAAAUAUCAAACUGGUCUCAAAAAUCAAUGGGAAGGAGUUGACUAACUACUUGAGCAAAGAUGGUGAUGACUGGAUUCCUCUUCCACAGGAUUAUCUGCAUGCUUUGGAUGUAGUUCUUAGGGAGAGCCCUACUGAGAAAUGCAUACCUGUUGGAAGGUCAUUCUAUUCAAGUUCAAUGGGAAGAAGCAAAGACAUUGGUGGUGGAGCUGUUGGAUUGAGAGGCUUCUUUCAGAGUCUUAGACCAACACAACAAGGACUAGCUCUCAAUGUGGAUUUCUCAGUAACUGCUUUCCAUGAGAGCAUAGGAGUGAUUGCAUACCUGCAGAAACGCCUUGAGUUUCUUCGAGACCUUUCUCAAAGGAAGACAGCUCAAUUAACUAGUGAAGAGAGGAAGGAAGUGGAGAAGGCAUUGAAGAACAUUAGGGUCUUUGUUUGCCACAGGGAAACUGUUCAGAGAUACCGUGUCUAUGGAUUAACUGAGGAGGCUACUGAAAACCUUUGGUUUGCUGACAGAGAUGGGAAGAAUCUGAGGCUGGUGAAUUACUUUAAAGAUCACUAUAACUAUGACAUACAAUUCAGAAAAUUGCCAUGCUUGCAAAUUAGUAGGAGUAAACCUUGUUAUCUCCCUAUGGAGCUUUGUGUGAUCUGUGAAGGCCAGAAGUUCCUUGGAAAACUGACUGAUGAUCAAACAGCAAGAAUACUCAAGAUGGGCUGCCAAAGACCGGGAGAACGAAAAACCAUCAUUGAAGGAGUCAUGAGAGGAAAUGUUGGACCUACCAGUGGCGAUCAGGAAAAAGAAUUCAAACUCCAAGUCUCAAGAGAAAUGACAAAGUUGACUGGUAGAAUUCUUCACCCUCCCAAACUAAAGCUUGGAGAUGGAGGUCAUGUGCGAAACCUGACUCCUUCGCGUCACGACCGGCAAUGGAACCUUCUUGAUGGCAAUGUCUUCGAAGGAACAACUAUUGAAAGGUGGGCAUUAAUCAGUUUUGGGGGCACACCUGAGCAGAAGUCCAAUGUCCCAAGAUUCAUAAACCAGUUAUCUCAAAGGUGUGAACAAUUGGGCAUUUUUCUUAACAAGAAAACAGUUAUCAGUCCGCAGUUUGAAUCAAGCCAGAUUCUUAACAAUGUCACCCUUUUGGAAUCGAAGCUCAAGAGGAUCCAGAGGUCUUCCUCAAACAAUCUCCAGCUUCUUAUUUGCAUAAUGGAGAGAAAACAUAAAGGGUAUGCAGACUUGAAACGAAUUGCCGAGACAAGUGUUGGUGUUGUGAGUCAAUGCUGCCUGUACCCCAAUCUCAACAAGUUGAGUUCACAAUUUUUGGCUAAUUUGGCCCUCAAAAUCAAUGCCAAAGUUGGUGGGUGCACAGUUGCUUUGUACAACUCGUUACCUUCACAGUUACCACGUCUCUUUCAUAUUGACGAGCCAGUGAUAUUCAUGGGUGCAGAUGUGACACAUCCUCACCCUCUUGAUGAUUUCAGUCCAUCUGUUGCUGCUGUUGUUGGCAGCAUGAAUUGGCCAACAGCUAACAAAUACAUUUCAAGAAUAAGGUCUCAGACACACAGACAAGAAAUCAUCCAGGAUCUUGGUGCAAUGGUGGGGGAAUUGCUUGAUGAUUUUUACCAGGAGGUAGAGAAACUCCCCAACCGAAUCAUUUUCUUUAGAGACGGGGUUAGUGAAACUCAGUUUUACAAAGUGUUGGAAGAGGAGCUUCAGUCAAUCAGGUGUGCAUGCUCAAGGUUUCCUGGAUACAAACCUUCCAUUACUUUUGCAGUUGUGCAGAAGAGGCAUCACACAAGGUUGUUUCCCUUUGAAACUGACCAGUCUCCAACUCAAAACCAUUUUCUAUUUGAAAACAUUCCUCCAGGGACUGUGGUGGAUUCUGUGAUCACUCAUCCAAAGGAAUUUGAUUUCUACCUUUGUAGCCAUUGGGGUGUGAAAGGAACAAGUAGGCCAACUCACUACCAUGUUUUGUGGGAUGAAAACCAGUUUACUUCUGAUGAACUGCAGAAACUGGUUUACAACUUGUGCUACACUUUUGUCAGGUGUACCAAGCCAAUUUCUUUGGUGCCUCCUGCAUAUUAUGCCCAUUUAGCUGCAUACAGAGGCAGACUCUACCUUGAGAGAUCAGAGUCCUUAGGUUUGUUCAGAAGUACAUCUACACUAUCCAGAGCUGCUCCUCCAAAGACAGCACCUCUACCUAAACUUAGUGAAAACAUCAAGAAGCUCAUGUUCUACUGCUAG